AUGUUUGAAUUGCCAAGCUUUUCACCAAGCACUUGCGAAUUUCUAAACAACAUUGAGAGAGCCGAAAACGGUUUGAGCGAAGAAGAAAGGAAAACGUUCAAAGAUGAAAUGAAUCUAUCAAUUAGCGAAUCACUCAAAGAGUUCGAAAUCGUUUUCGAACAAGUAUCUACACCUCUUGUUAGCCCAACUACGGAGGAACCAAAGCAAGUGACAAGCAAAAUAUGA